AUGAUUAUCAACUUAUCUAUCAUCUUUUGGUUUAUUACUAUUUCAUUAUCUAUUUUAUCUACACCAUCUAGUGAUGUGGCAGAUGUUAAUUUUUUCAAUCAAGUAGUUGAUGCAUCAUCGAACUGGAGAUCAAAAUUAUUAUCAAAUCCAAGAAUGAAUAAUAAAAAAAGAGAAAUAAAAGAAGAAGAAGAAAUUGUUGAAGCUCAAGGCGUAAUGUCUCCUAAAUUCAGAUUAGGUACUGGUGCUUUUCUCAAUAAAGAAGUCUUAAGUGGUGUUGAAACAAGACAUAAACAAAUUGUGGAUAAGAAAAUCAUUGAUGAAAAAUCUGAUUGGGAAGAUGUCGAUUGGAGUGAUAGUGAUGAUGAUGGUAAAGGGAAAAGUAAAUGGUUCUUUCCAUUCUCAAUUAACAACACUUACUCAAAUCAAACAAUGAUGAUAUAUGAAGAUAAUGGUUCAACUACUAUGAAAAUCAAUUUUUUUGUUAUUCUUUAUUGUUUAUGUAUUUUAAUAUUAUGA